AUGCGCAAAAAUGGCGCUGCCCUUGUGAGAGAGUAUACUUGCUGUCGGGUAGAUGCAGAAAUUCAACCGUUUUCGGUUAAUGUAUAAUGGAUUCGACGAAGAAUAUAUUAUCCAGAUUACUUCAGCUAACUCCUAUCGACUUUAAGGAUGAAAACGAUGAGAAAUAUGAACGUUGCUGUUCCCAUGUUUUGAACCUUACUAAUGGUUUAUCUGAAAAAGAAGCACAUGAUGCUCUUAGUGUUGUUGUAUGUAAAAAUUCUCAAAGUCAUGAUGAUGUCAAUCUGGGUCUUUUAAUUGCUAUUUUAAUUGAUGCCAGCAAUGGGCCAAGGUAUUAUCGUGAUUUAACUUAUCUGGCCCGUGAUGGUUUAAGUUUAGUUCUUAAUCAUUUAACUCAAAUAAUUCUGGACAAAUUCAACAAACUACAGGAAUCUUGUAGAAAUCAACUAAUUUGGCUUAUAAAAGAAAUGAUUAAAAAUUCAGUAACUGCUGUAGAUGGUUUAUGUUAUCAUCUUCUUCGACAGAUUGCAGGUGGAGAUUUAUCUGCAAAAAAUGUGUGGCUAGCAGAAGCCUUACUUGAUAUUUUCAUAGAAAACAGAAUUUGGGUAGAGAAAUUUAGUUUUCUGAUUGCUACUAUUGUGUUCACAUACCUUCGACUAAUAGUGGAUCACAUAGGUCCUAAAUAUGCAACCUUAAGGCAACGAGAAGUAGAUUUUUGCAUUUCAUUAUUGAGAGAAAGGUUUUCAGAGUGUAUGAUGAUUGGGAGAGAUUUAGUAAGGUUACUAUUAAAUGUUGCUCGAAUACCUGAAUUUGAAAAACUUUGGAAAGACCUGUACUCAAAUCCUACGUCAUUUUGUCCAACUUUUACAGGUGUUGUACAAUUACUGACAAUGAGAACGUCACGGCGUUUCCUUCAGUGUAGACUUACUCCAGAUAUGGAAAAGAAAAUUGUAUUUUUAACAUCCCAUGUAAAAUUUGGACAUCAGAAGCGAUAUCAAGAAUGGUUUCAAAGACAGUAUCUUUCAACACCUGAAAGCCAAACUCUUCGCUGUGAUCUUAUUCGUUACAUCUGUGGAGUCAUUCAUCCAACAAAUGAAGCUUUGUGUUCAGACAUCAUUCCUCGUUGGGCAGUAAUUGGCUGGUUACUGACAACUUGUACAUCUAAUGUUGCAGCCUCUAGUGCAAAACUUUCCUUAUUUUAUGACUGGUUAUUUUUUGAUCCUGAGAAAGACAACAUUAUGAAUAUUGAGCCUGCUAUCCUUGUAAUAUAUCAUUCCGUAAGAUCUCAUCCUGUUAUCACUGCAACUUUGUUAGACUUUUUAUGCCGGAUAAUGCCUAAUUUUUGCUUAUCUCUGAAGGCACAAGUUAAGCAAGGUAUAUACACGUCUUUGAAGCAUAUUCUGGAAAAACGGGUUUUACCGUCCUUAUCACCUCUGUUUGAUAGUUCAAAAUUAGAUCCGGAGUUGCAAGUUUUAUUAAAAGAAACUUUUCCAGAAUUUUGUUCACCUUCUGGAAUUAAAAUAGAUGAACCUCUUAGAGAUUCCUCAGAGCUAAUGGUUAAAACAAAUCACACUUCAGUUGUUAAUAAUACUGAACAUGAAGCUCAGUUCAGUGAAGAUGAAGAUGACAUUCCUUUAGCAGAUAAACUUCGGAUCCGAGAUACAAAGUUUCAACCAAUCAGGGAGACCAAAGAGGAUCAGAUUGUCAUUACCGAACUAAUACAGCAACUAAAUGACAAUAUUAAACAACAGAUUCUCAGUUUACAAGAAGAAAAAGAUGGUGAAACUCGGUGUGAAAUAAUGGAAAAAUUACUCGAAGCAGUUCUUCAAGAAGAGUUUGACCAAGACGUUACAUCAACAUUAGGUCUAUGUUUGGCUCAAAUUCUUUCUGAUGAGUUCUGUAGAAAGAUUUUCCCAGCAGAAGUGGAUGAUGAAUCUAUUGAAGAUUCUAUAGGCACGCCUUUAUUUGUGAUGUUUAGGAAUUUAUGCCAAACACCUGAAGAUGAUCCAAAUAGGCAACCACUAUUAAACAUUCUAGCUGAAAUGUCCUUGCAGCAGAAUCGGUUAGGGUACCUUCUUCUGUACUUUUUAAAGGCCAGCAAAGUUCAAGAAAACAGAAUGUCUUCUUAUAAAGACUAUGUAAAUACACAAGGUUCUUGGGCCCCUGUUACACGAAACAGUGAAACAAAGGAUCUAGCAACCUGUUUACUUAGUGAUUUGAAAAUGUGUCAAGAAGAUGAUGUUCGUAUGUUUUGUUAUAUCAUUCCGGAUGUUUACACUCAGUUUCCCAAUAUUGCGAUUGGAAAUGCAGAGCUUUUAAACCUUAUUGUAUCAUGUAUUGAUCCAACACAGCUUCAAGACCUCAUAUGCCUUAUUUUACAGAGAAAUAUUGUCAUGUUCAGAAAAGAUUCCUUUCUAUCUGUGUUAAAUGCAAGUUUAGAAUGGGAAUCUUUUGAGCAGUUCUGCUUAUGGCAAUUAAUAUCUGCACACAAUAUUCCUCUUGAUUACAUUCUUCCAAUUCUUCCAAAAUUAGAAUUUACUGCCCAUUCCGAAGCUUUGACAAGUAUUUUACUACUUCUAAAGCAAGAAAAACCCACUCCAGAUUUGUUGAAACAUGUUAUGAGCAGGGAGGUAAAAGCAACUGACCAGUUUGCUGUUUCUGCUUUAAAUUACUGGGCACAAGAGCAUGAAGAUAAAUUAGCAGAAUUAAUAUCUUCCCAGCUGUCAAAAUCUGGAUCUGCGCUGAAGCGGAAAAGGCAGCCUAGCAGCAAAGCAUUAGGUCCUUCAAUUGACCAAAUUCUUGCACAUUUAGAUCAGCUUAGGCAGAACUGUAAACAAAAUUCAUUUUUUAAUUUAGAAGCUGUCCAGACAGCACUUAUGCAGGUUCAGUCAUCUUGUUCUGAUGCACAAAAAACAAAAUUUAGUGACUUAUUUGCCUUAGUAGAAGAAUUAGAUGAUGUAAAAGUUACAAAACCAGCGAGAUCAGGAGGUCGAGGUAAAGUUUCUGGGCCAAAAAAUAUGACAAAAUCUAAGCCUGCUGUUAUGGAUUCUGAUACAGAAACAGAUAGCACAGAAGAUGAUGAAGCAAUAAAACCAAAGCCUCGGAAGAAAAAAAGAACGUUAUUAGGUUUUGAUAGUGAUUAACAAAUUGUGUGUAUAUUAAACAUUUUUAAUGAUUCAUUAUCCCAACAAACAUUUAAGUGCAUUGAAUGAGAGCUAGCUGUGAGAAUGUAUGAUCAUUGUAUAGAAACUGAAGGUAGCCUUCACCAUGUGUGAAUCACUCAUCUCAUAUUCAUCAGAGACGAUAUAUUGUUAUUGUACAUAUUUGUAUAUCAAUUGCAUGAAGCCAAAAACUGUGCUCUAUUGUUUUUAAAUAAACUUUUACAGAUUAUUUAUUAAUACAAAA